AUGGAGAAGGCUUGGGUGGUGAAGGAGGACAAGAAGCACUUUGGAAAGCUGGCAUUUAUUAACUUCAGAAAUGCAGUAUGGCAUCAAUCAUUUCUGAAGAUCCUUGCCUGCCUCACACCACUGUCAAAGAUUGGAUCUGCCAUUAAAUGCUGGGAUGACCUUGUCCAUAUCUUCUAUCCAAUCAUACUCAUACUCUCUGCAGACUAUGAAGAACAUAAUAUCCCUGACACUCUUGCAGGUGCAAAGGCAUUAUGUGCUUGGGCCCAAGAGUCUACAACAUUGGAAGCAAGAGAGCAAAUAUUUAGCUCUGAGAGCCUUUGUGAUGUUGAUAAUUCAUUUGAUACCAUGGAGCAUACUGAUGUUUAUCAAGCUCUUCACAUGACAAACUCCGCUUUAAUGACAAAGGCCUUUUCAGUGAUCACCACUCAUAAUGUAUUUAAUCAAGAUCAAGAUCCGGAGGCUUAUCUUCUGCUCUGUUGUAUUUGUAGCUACAUGGAAUUCAAGAUAUAUGCUUCAUUAGAGGUCCAUACUGAAGAUACUAUCAACAAUGGCCGAAAAGCUCUGGCAAAGUUGAUUGAACUGAUGUAUUCAUGGAAUUUCCUCAAGAAGCAUCUUUCCAUGCAUCUUUUCAAUGAUAUUGAGGUGAAAGGUGUCACUUGA